AGAAACCACAGAACUCUAUCCCAUCAGAAAAAUCUCCGCGACUCCUCCCAUUUCCUAUCACUCCGGCGUGCGAGCGGCAGCCAUGGUGAUUGCUCCAGUCGCGACCUACUCCUCGUCCCUAGCGCCACCGCCGGCGAGGAGUACGGCGUACCGAGCGCGCCUCGCCGCCGCGGGGCUCUCCUCGAGGGCGUCCUCCUUCGCCGCGGGCAGCGGGCUCGCCGUCGCGGCGGCUUCCGUGGCGGUGGCCGCGCGGCCCAGGCGGACGGGCGCGGGGGGCGGCGCGCUCGGGUGCAAGUGCCUGUUCGGGCUCGGCGUUCCGGAGAUGGUCGUCAUCGCCGGCGUCGCGGCGCUGCUGUUCGGCCCCAAGCAGCUCCCCGAGAUCGGCCGCAGCGUCGGCAAGACCGUCAAGAGCUUCCAGCAGGCAGCCAAGGAAUUUGAAACAGAACUGAAGAAAGAACCCGGGGAAGGCGACGACCAGCCUCCACCUGCAACCCCCACGGCGGUCAGCAGCAGCGACGAUGAAGAGAAAAAGGAGCUAGAGGCAUCGAGUAGGAAAGAGAGCGCAUGAGGACCGGGCCAACGAUCGCGAACUAGAAGAGUAAAGUUGUGUAUGUAAAAACAUCGUGAUGUUCUAGCACAUUGCUCCCUGUUUUUGUUGUUCUUCAGGCCAUGCAGCAAUAUUAUUUGUAACCGGCGAAAAUGUGUUCCCUCUGAAAUACCAUGUUGCUAAUGUAUGAGGUUGCUUGUGUACAUCAAUGUAUGAAGUUACCUGUGUA